GCAUUGCUGCCGCAGCCUCCCGCUCCCGAAUCAUGGCGUCGGCGCUGCUCGUUCACCUGGCCCGCCUCUCGGCCCUCGGACGCGGCCGCUCCAGCCUGCUGACCCCCGCAGGAGAGCCGCUCCGGGCGGGUGCGGCCCGCCGGACCGCCGUCAGCUCGUCCACCGGGGCGAUUCUCCCCAAACCCAAGAAGACCCCCUUCGGCCUUGUCCGGAUUGCUCUGGUAGUGGUGCCCUUCUUGUAUGUGGGGACUCUGAUCAGCAAGAACUUUGCUGCGCUGCUGGAGGAGCACGACAUCUUCGUCCCCGAGGACGACGACGACGAUGACUGAGGGGUCUGUAGGCUUCCUGGUGAUCAGGUUCAUGGGACGUCAAUGCCUCUGCUGCGUGUCUGCAACCUUCUGAGCAGAUAAAAAGCCUUCCUGGAGUUCUGCUGUGUUUAAGUCGCCUUCUGUCUGCACUGGAUUCAGGGUUUCACUGCCGUUGCCGUGGGCCGCUCGUACCGUGUUUGCAUGCACUGCUUGUGUCUUAAAAGAGAAGAACACUUGUGUAAAAGUUUGUCAGUGGACCGUGGCGAGAGUAAGUAGAUUUUGUGAAAAUAGACUCGAUGUCGCACAAUCAGUCCAAAAUAAAGUGUGUUUUUGGUGUCUGAUCACACUAAAGAGGAUUUCUCUGUAGUCUUAAGGUUUGAAGAGAUGCCAGAUGUGAACAAUAAAAAAAAUAAUAAUUUAAGCUCAACACCUUUAAUUCAAAUCAAGUUCACUCUGAACAAAAGAGGCAGUUUUCAGGUAAGUGUGUCUUAUGUGUGUAUUUACAAUAAAGGAGAACAAUUGUCACAGCUGGCUCAGAGAACAAGGGGUCAGGGGUCAGCUGAUGGCGGUACAGUUCACGGGUCGUGACCUCUGUAGAAUUUGGACAGAAAGUCAUUAGAACGAGGUUCCUGGGUCUCGCUGAAAUAUCGCAUGACAUGAGUCUUCUGCUUCCAGACUUGGAUCGUUUCCUCAAGCUCCAUUUUCCCCUGGGAUUUAAAAAGAAACAUUUUUAAAGACAAUGAAAACAGGAUUUGAGAAGUAAACAUGAAAUAUUGCUUUGAUUUUUUUGUUUUUCUAAGUUAAUCAAAGAUGUUUUUACCUUAAUGACCAGCAGGUCGAUGACUCGGGGAUCGGUGAUGUGCUUGUUCUUGUCAAACAUCUCCCUCACUUUGUCUCUUCCCUGACGUGUUGAGAUGUCCAGCUGAAAUGUAGCCACUGCAGGGAGAAAAACAGAGGGUCAAUCUCAGUGUGGCUGCAGUAAACAAAAAAAUAUAUCAACAUGGUGGUAACACAUUAUCUAUGGAUAAAUCUGGUCCAAAUAACCUGAAAUAUAAAUGAACUGCAUCAGAAAUAACUAGCAGAAUUGACCAAUGAUUAAUGAUAGCACUGAUUGAACAAUGGCAAAUGUUAACACUGAACUCUAAACAGGUUGAAAAUAUAUAAUAUAGACUGCUACAGCAACAAGCUGAUUAUCAAUUAUUUUAUAUAAAACUUGAAGUAUGUAGAGAUUGGGCAUAACCCUAACUUGAAUGCCAACAUGCUGGGACAUCUGUAUUUUCCUGGACCACAGUGAACCAAAGUAUGUUUAAAAAACACUAAAACUAAAUGAAGGACAAGUUUUUAAACUUAAUUGAAACCUUAAAAAAUUGUAGACUUAUCCAACACAGACAAUCCCUUGUACAACAAGCAAGCAAAGAGGAAAAAAGUACAACAUGUCAGACACUUCUUUAGCUGCUACAUCACAAGUAUCUGUACCAUGUGAAGCAUUAGUGUCAUGUCAUAAAGUGCUUUUGUAAUUCCAGAAAGAUGUGUCUUUUAAAGUCUCAACCAAUUCUGAUUGACUUGUGAAUUCCAUGAUUUACUCGUAUAUCUACACUCAGGAUUCUGCUAACAAAUUGAUCUGAGGACGAACAACCAGUGGGACUGUAUGAAACAGCCCAUUAGAUUAUUAAUAGUUUAUUUAAAACAAAUAACCCUUGUGUUUAUAGUGAACUUGAAUAUCAAGUAAAUAAAUAAAUGAGAUUAUCAGAAACUCGUUUGUUUGUAUGCGUUAGCUCAGGCUACUGAGUUACAAAUAAAGAGUUAGGGUUGGUGACUUGCUAACUGACAAGCUUCUCAUAUGAUCACUCAAAACAGACAUUUCUACAAAUCACAGGAGAAAUGAAAUGACACAGUUUUCAUAUGUUUCACUGUAUGUCCUGCAGUUUCUUCAGCAGUUGGGUGUUUUUGCUAAAGCUCCGUGCAUAACUCGACCUUGACGCUGGAGCCUCACUCCGCUGUUCACCGGCCACAGUCAAACAAACGUACCUGAGUUCGGGACCUCUCGGUACCAGGCCCGGUACAGCUCACGGACCCUCCGCUUAGCCUCGUCUAAAUCCCUGCUGAAGAUCGGCUUCACGACUUUAGCUGCUGCGGCUCCGGUUCGGGUCGCAGCUGUGGACGCCAUGACUGCUGCUGUGGCUUCUUCUGCUGCUGCUGCUACUGCUGCUGCGCUUCCUGUUGGGUCGAUAUGUUCACACGAGCGCGCUGCUGCCGCCUUCUGGAGAGGAGGCUCCACUGCAAGGCGCUGACACGGAAUUACAUCCUGCUUUUAUUGCUUAUGCUUACAUUUCCAUGUAUUUACAAAAAUAAUUCUUUCACUAUUGUAAAUAUUACCUCCAACACUACUUUUUAAGCUACACAUCAAACACGAGGGAAUUAGUGUCUGAGAUUAUUUAUUAAAAUGAUUCUUGAACUCAUAUUUGGAAACCUUUUUACUUCCAUACAAGAUUCAAUGACAACAGCAAGAAAUGAACUGCUCAGUACAGCAAUGUUUCGGCUGAUGUAUUUUAUUGAUUGCAAAAAUGUGUAUAAUUUACAAAGGUACAGGCUUUACAGAACAUUAAAUAUGAAAAUGCAGGUAGAUAGGUCAUUUUAUCACAAUACAUACAGUCAAUAAUUAAAAAAAAAAAAAAACAAAUUGGCUCAUUAUUGCAACACCUGUCAAAUGUGGUGAUGGUGGCACAUGCACAAUGUGCCUUUAAUGAUCAGGAGGAACU